AUGAAAGAUUACGAUGAAGCUACUGCUUUUCUGGGGGAAUGGGGAUUUUACCAGAAAAGAAUCUUCUUUUUGCUCAGUAUUGGAAUAAUUCCAAAUGGCUACGUGGGUUUGUCUCUGGUUUUCCUGGCGGAUACCCCUCAGCACCAUUGCCGAUUGUCCAACUCUUCGAAUACAACCUUCGCAGAAGCUUUCCAUAUGAAUCUGAGUUUACUGCUGCCCUUGGAGACAGCGGGAGGUAAGCAGACAUACAGUAAAUGCACCCGAUUCAAACAUCAGGUGCAAGAUGGUUUCAAUGACACAACAGAAGAGACAGAGCACUGUGUAGAUGGCUGGGUGUACAGCAAAGAGAGAUACAUUUCUACAAUUGUCAGCGAGUGGAAUCUUGUCUGUGGCAACAACUGGAAAGGACCUUUUACCAUGUCGGUGUUCUUUCUGGGAAUGACAUGUGGUGCAUUUAUUUCUGGACAUAUUUCAGACAGGUAUGGGAGAAAAGUUGUUCUCUUUGGAGCAAUGCUGAUGCAAACAAUCUUAAGUUUCAUUCAGGUGGCCUCUUGGAGCUGGGAAGUGUUCUGUGUACUGUGCUUUCUUAUUGGCUUCGCAGAUAUCUCAAAUUAUGUAGCUGGCUUUGUUCUAGGAACAGAGCUCCUUGGUAAAACUGAGAGGAUUGCUUACUCAACAUUGGGUGUCUGCAUGUUUUAUGCCAUAGGCUACAUUAUUCUGCCACUCUUUGCAUUUUAUAUCCGUGAAUGGAGGAUGUUACUCCUUGCUUUGACUCUACCAGAACUUCUGUACAUUCCCUUUUGGUGGCUUAUACCCGAGUCACCCAGAUGGCUGAUCACUCAAGGUCGAGUAAAUGAGGCAGAAAAAAUUGUUCAAGGUUUUGCUGCAAAAAAUGGCAUUAGGAAUGUUGGAGUGAUAUUUCAGGUCACAGAUUGCAGAGAAUAUAUGCUUCUGAAUACCUCAAAUAAUCAAAAGCAUCCAUAUAGUUUCUUGGAUUUGGUUAAAACAUCAAAUAUACGGAAUGUCACAAUUCUUUCUUUCCUUGUGUGGAUGAUUACUUCCACUGGAUACUUUGUGUUAACCCUGGGUACUCCCAAUAUGUAUGGCGAUCCUUACCUCAACUGCUUAAUUUCUGCAAUCAGUGAAAUUGUAGCCUAUAUAAUUGCUUGGUGGAUGAUGCAUAAUGCCCCUCGACGUAUGUCAACCGCACUCAUGUUGUUACUUGGUGGUGCUGUUCUGCUUGUCAUUCAAUUUAUUCCUUCAAGUCUUCACCAUUUUGCUAGGGUGUUGGUGAUGAUUGGAAAGACAGGGAUUACAAUAUCCUUUGCAAUAAUCUAUGUUUUCUCUGCUGAGUUGUAUCCGACUGUGGUGAGGAACAUGGGGAUUGGAGUGUGUUCCAUGGCAUCCAGGAUUGGCAGCAUUGUCUCCCCAUAUUUUGUUUACCUCGGAAUGUAUAAUCAGAUGUUACCUUUCAUGUUAAUGGGCACUUUAAUCCUGCUGGCUGGAAGUUUCUGUUUACUUCUACCUGAAACACGUGACCAACCCCUUCCAGAAACAGUGUACCAGGUACAGGCUAUGAAAUGUCCAUGCUCUCCUAGUGCCACGUAUCAUUCUGGAGCAAAUACAUCCACUGAAUCUCCUGCCCAAGAGGUUGAAACUGAGAACAAUGGUAGUUACUUCCUGCCUUCAAGAAUGGACCAAACUGUGGACAUACACUAGCAGCAGAUCAUCAUGUGAAAGUAUCUCCCCCAACACUCCUGCUUCGGUGACCCGACUGUCAUCCAGCAUUAUCCAAGAUUGGAUAGAGUGGUUCUUUGGUCUUAAUAGUUUUGCAAUUUUGCUUUCUUGUCAUUUCAUUGUUUAGCACUUGGCAAUAGUGAAGAGCAGAAGAGGCAAAGCUCUCAGCAAUGUUGUAGACUGAUAGACCAGGCUACCACUAGUGCCAUGUUUGGGGCACAUGCACACGGGCAUAGUUUUCAAAUUCAAUAUUUCCAGCAGAAGACCCUGUGAGUUGCAACUGAUUAAAUUGCUAAAGCAAUAGUGGACAAACCAUGACACAAACUCAUCUCAAUGCGAAGUAUUCAUUUUGGAUAAAUGUGAUACACCAUAACCUUUGAUCUGAUCUGUGUUUCAAUAUAUCUUUUGAGUCUCGUCCCUGCUCGCCUAGACCCCAGGCUCUCCUUCUGGAGUCUCACCCAGCUUUCCAAGUGCAUUGCCAGAAUCACAUUUCAUUCAGAAACAGAAGUAGAAAAAAAACUGAUGAAUAACUGAAGGAAAAAGUAAUUGAUGGUUGUUGAACCAGCCCCAUACAAGUUGCAUCCUUUUAGAUGAUGUUGUUAAUGAAAAGCUUGGUAAUAUAAUGAUUUAUACAGUGAGUGAUUUAUUUUACCUUUAUUUAUGCGUUGUUUUCUGCCUCACGGAGGGUAAAUGACUAUCAUUCUGAUUGUGGGUGGAAACAGCAACCAUUCUGCUGGUUCAAGGUUUCAAAGGUACAUUUAAUGUCAGAGAAAUGUAUGCAAUAUACAUCCUGAAAUACUUUUUCUUCGCAACCAUCCACAAACAACAGAAGAGACCCCAAAGAAGGAAUGACAGUUAAAUGUUAGAACUCCAAAGCCCACCCCCUAGCUCCCCCCUCCUACACGUAAGCAGCAGCAAAGCAAUGAACCCCCCAGCAAAAAAAAGCAUCGGCACCCCCCCACCAAGCUCUCAAGUGCGCAGCAGAACAUCAAUAUAGACACAGACUUGCAAUACCCCAAAGACUACUCAUUCACCCAUGAUUUUUUAAGCUGCCUAGUUUAAACAAAGAAAUGCAGUAGAACUAUAGAACCAUAGGACAUUACAGCACAGAAACAGACCUUUUGGCCCUUCUUAGCUGUGCCGAACCGUUUUUCUGCCUAGUCCCACUGACCUUCACCUGGACGAUAUCCCUCCAUACGUACAAAUAGAAAAUGCAAAACCAUCAACAAAAAUAUAAAAUUUUUCUCACACAAAUUCUUCCUCAGAAGAACAAUGCAAAACUGGCUUUGAAAUACUUAAAAAAGUGCAGUAACUCAAAUAGAGAAGAGGAUGGCUAGCAGGAAAAUUAAGUCUGAUUUGCAAAAAGAACAACUGAUUUUAAAUAUAGAGAGAAAGCAAGUGGAGUAUCUGCAGUCAACCCAAGAACCUGGCAGCUUACUCAAAACAGCCAUGUAAAAAUUAGAUGAUAAAAAUACUGAAGAACCAAAACCGCAAACAAUAAGGGGAAGGCCCUGGUCCCUCUGUAGUGAGCACUGUAAAAAGACGUUCAAAUUAUUUGGAAAUUAAUGAAUGUUAUAUGAAUACUUUGCCAGAAUGUAUGUUAUAUUUCAA